GCCUCGCGACAGGUAGCACUGUUCCUGCGGCAGAUCAAUGAACAGCCUGCAACGGUUCGGCUUUGGGCAAUGCUCAUGCGGUGACCGGAACAUCGGAUGAAUCCCUCGGGAGCCUCACGCAAGCCAAUCCGCGAUCUAGGAGGAGGGUGGAGAAAUAUGCUCACCCACCGGCUUGACAAUUCUUUAGACUUUGCGAUCGCCACGCAAGACACCUUCUGGAAGGCUGGAGGACGUAACGCAUCAUAACCUUGGGCUUCGCUUCACUCAAGACAGAGUUUGGCCUACGCGAACAUGCUGCCGGUUCGAGUCGAGCCGACUUGAAGUAUGAAGUAUCGUGCGGUGGUGCCAAGCGGCCCAGCUCGUGGCCUCGGCUACAACUUCAACCUGGAGUCUGAGCGCGAUGAUGAUGCUCACAAUGUGCAGGUACAUCUAUCACACACCGAACCAACGCCUAGCACGAGUCAACUGAAGCAUCCAUCUCAUCAUGGGAGAUUCGUGGCGAUCCAUCGCCGCUCGCAAACAGCAGGAGCGAGCCUCGCGCAUACCCGUCGAAUGGCGUCUGCAGGCGUCCCAGAUCUCAAGCUACGGUGCCUGCGUUCUGGACGCGCCACGACGAUUGGGCCUACUUACGACGACUGAGCUGAAAAUAACUGAAGACUUCGACGCCGUAGGUCUACUGGACGAGCUAGCAAACGGGCGCCUCCAAUCCGUCGACGUCGUGAGAGCCUUCGCAAAACGAACUGCAAUCGCGCACCAACUAGUCAACUGUUGCACCGAGCUGCUAUUCGACGAUGCGCUCAAGCGUGCUCAGGAAAUAGACGAGCAUCUCGCCAAGACUGGCAAGACAAUCGGUCCUCUCCAUGGCUUGCCAAUUUCCAUCAAAGACUGCUUCCGGGUUAAAGGCUACGAUGCGAGUGUUGGCAUCGCAAGUCUUUGCUUCAAGCCAGCCACCAGCAAUUCGGCGCUUGUAGACCAAUUGCUAUCUCUCGGAGCUGUCAUACUAGCCAAAACAAAUAUCCCCCUCACCAUGAUGGCGCUUGACUCGCACAACAAUGUCUUUGGGCGUACACUCAAUCCAUUGAACCGCGAACUCACCGCCGGUGGCAGUAGCGGCGGUGAGGGGGCCCUCGUAGCUAUGCGCGGUUCUAUAUUGGGCGUGGGGACAGACGUGGGAGGGUCUGUUCGCAUUCCGGCCUUCUGCAAUGGUCUCUGGGGCAUCAAACCUUCUCACGGACGCGUGCCAUAUGCUGGACAAGAGAGCGGGCAGAAACCGGGCAGCAGCAAGCUUGGAAUCGAAGCAACUGCGGGACCAAUCGCGACGACUCUCAGAGACUGCGAGCUGCUACUGCGCGUCGUCGCAGAUAGCGCACCGGAGAUCUACGAUGUCGAAGUGGUGGCCCAGGACUGGUCACGGCAACUUCCCUUGAUUCUGAGAGGUCGAAAGCUUCGUGUUGGGCUGAUCCGUACCGACGCCAUUGCCCGACCGCUUCCGAUAAUAGAUCACUUGAUGGACGAAGUCGCUAAGACACUUCGCGCUUCGAAAGAGUCCAUCGAAGUCGUUGAGGUCGACGCCUCUCGUAUCCUGUCACGGAUCCUGAAAACUUUCAAUGGUAUAGUAUCUAUUGACGGCGCCAAUGCUUGGUUUGACCACAUGGAAAAAACGGGAGAACCAUUGUCGCCAUGGCUGCAAGGCAGACUCACUAGACGAAAGCCAAAAUCCACAGAUGAGGUACGCGCGUUACAGGCGCAGAAGUCGGAACUACAAACCGAGUUUCUAAAAGUAUGGAGUGAAGCUGGCGGCUAUUGGGUUACGGAUGACAGCAAGCUACACAAGGGUGACAGAACUCUAGAUGUGCUACUCAUGCCUGUUGCUCCUCACCCUGUCCCAGGCAUAGAUCGCUGGAACAUCGUCAACUACACCGCUUCACUGAACCUCCUCGACCUCCCCGCCGGCGUGCUUCCACUUCGGCAGGUCCGCGAAGACGACCUCAAGGGCGAUCUCCCCUCCUCCGAUCCCCUCAACGCAUGGGACAAGAUCAACAGGGAGCAGUGGACAAAGGUCGAUCGGAAGAUGUACCUCGGCAGCCCGCUGAGCGUGCAGGUCGUGACUCCAAGGUUGACCGAGAGGAAACUUGUUGAAGCUAUGGCGGUGCUAGACCAGGCACUUCGGCCGAUGAAGGACGGCAGUGUACAGCCUAGCAGUAAAUUGUAGGGACAAUUAACGUGGUCGGAAGACUUGAUUCAAAACAAAAGAGCAUCCCACAUCCCACAUCCCACAACCAGCAAUAGCCGUAGGUGCCUACCUUUCCUGCCAGCAGAACUUUGCAGUGCGAUGGCGCUCAAUUGGGCAAGUUCCUGGCUGUCGAGCUAAUGCGCUGGUCGGAGAAGGAGAUGGCUCCAAGGGGGUCGCUCGUAGGAGGUACACUGAUCUCAGUUUCAACAUCUCAUCUAGAGUCGCAUCGCUGUCGAUAGCGUGAGAAAAAGAUCAACAGCACCAAAUGCUAAACGGCG